GGCUCGAUUGCCUGUGAAUGGCUGGCGAGAAACGAGCGGGAACAAAAAUCAGCACGCAGGAAAGGAGGAGAGAAAGGGUGAAGGGGAAAAUGGGACGCUACCAGGCUGGGAUUUCACCAAGGCUGGACUCGGACUGGGUUGGGCUGGGGUUUGGUCGCGGUAUUUCGGUGCUAGGCUGGUAUCGCGGUACCUGCGCUUCACCGACUGGGUACUCGCGCGUGAGGUACCUGCUGGCUACGGCGCGCACCCCCAAGUUACUUUGGUGGACGGUGCUUCACCGCGUACCAGGAACGCGAACUGGAGCGCAGGGCCUUGCAGAAGAUCCAAUACAAUGCAAACGAAGCUACGGAUGGAGCUUGCAAGAACCUUGGUCACCAUGCGACGCUGUAAAUCCAGAAAGCUCAUCCUUGAACGCAGCGUGGCGAGCCAGGGCACAAGGUGAGGUAUUUGGGUGCUGGGCCACCAAGCUCGAAGAACAGAGCGCUGCGGUGAAUGCGACGAUUACGGGCACAGGACACAUGCAGCCGGUUUGGAAUCUCGCCAAACGCGAAAAAAGGAUCAGAUACUCAAUCCAAAAUCAUAUUGCCGCAAAGUGCCCUGUGGCCAGGUAG